UGUUAUGAUAGUAUCUCUCUGAAAUCUCUAUUAGAUCUGACGGCAUACCCAAAAUAUCCUUGUAAACGAAGUUUUACCUGUCUAAUAUGUUCCCGAAGGGACUAAUUCUGUUUGUUUUCGCUGGUUUUGUGUUGAAUCUAUCGAACUCGAAAUUGAUACAUGACGUAAUUAAAGUAUGUGACGGCGUUUUCAUCCUUCCAGAGAAGAUAGAGAAGGAGCUAGUACAACCGUACGUCCUUAACCCGAUAAGUGAAGCACCUGGAAAUUAUUGGUUGAUGUCACCAAACCACGAUGAUUCCAUCCCAUACUUCGCAAUUACGAAGAUGACACUGAAUGGCCAAUCAUUUCUAGUAUUCGUGCGCUUAACAGACAUGAUCAUCGAGCAGGCAAAAAUCAACUUCGGCCAAAUACAGUUGGACUCUUUAACGAUGUUCAACUUUGUACUUGCGUUAAGUAAAAAGUGCAUUCGCAGCGGCGAAAUACCGUCAUUAGCUAUGGAUAAGAAUUUCAUCGUUGCUGAUACUCGACAUUUAAAGGCAAUCCGUGACGGAAAAGUACUCGAAUCGUUGAAUGCCAGAGCCAUGCUCGUGCCUAAAGAUUUGCUGGAUGGAGCACCUGAACCUAUGGACACCCUUUUGGUUCUUUAUGAGUUCAAUAACUAAAGCACGCAUCGUUGUUAACAUGGUCCAACUGACAGUGUAGGCUCUAAUGCGUUUACUAUGGAGAUAAGCAACUUGAGUUCCUAAAAAUAAAAUAUUUUAUGUUAAA